UGGUCACAAUACAGUUUUCGUCUCCGAAAGGGAAAGGAAACUGCAGUUUUUCCAUUCCCCACUAGUACCUCGGGUGAUCAAGCUUGCUAACGAAAACGUCAAGUUGAACAUUCUACGUUUUGAGAGUUCUGCGUUGAUGUUCCAUAUCCAAUUUUCUACUAGAAGAUCCUACGUUUGGUAAAAUUCGAAGAAUAACAACCCGUUUUAUUCCAUAGCACAAAACAAGUGCAAAGUUCAUCGCUAGCUAGGUGCAUUUCAGCUAAUUGCUAGUUGGGAAGCUAACGUUACGGUAUUUUGUUUUUCUGAGAUUUAAAAGGGCGGGUAUAUUCUUUGCCAUCCCUCCAUCGCUGCCGUUAACAAAACAGCUUGUUAUUACUUAUUAGAGGACGCAGCCUGCAGUAAAUCAUAGUUAAAUCACAGCUAGCGUGCUCGUAAACGUGAAUUAAUACCGUGCGUAUUUAGCCUGGAAGCCAAGGCCUUGCUUACCACCAGUCUUUGCAUCGUCGUGCAGUGAGAGUUGACAGCUACCUCUUUGCAUAGUCCUUACCCAAGUUGUCAGCAGGAGACUGAAGGCUCGGCUGUGUCAGCUAGUAACAGGCCUGCACUGCGUCUCACUCUCCAUUAGACUGGCAGUCGGCACAUCAAUUCUCCUGAAAUGUAUGGAGAAUAUCAAGUCUUACUUGGUGACAAUUUGACUUCUCCCUGAGGAGCCAAGAAGUAGACGGCUCAUGACUUCUGACCAGGACACAAAAGUUGUAGCUGAACCACAGGUGCAGCAAGUACAAGAAGCAAAAGAGAGCUCUCAUUUGGAAUCCCCCAAGGUUUCUGACCUGAAUCCCAAUGCGAAAGCAUGGGCCAAUCACAUGCUUAACCUGGACACCACCACUGGGACAGAGGACAAACCUGCUCUCCAGCCAUGGAAGGACGACUGUGAUAGCCGCUCAGCUGACCCCGGACCAGAAGGCUAUGAAGCCAGCGAAGACAAAGUGUUUGAAGACCCCCUAUUAGCUGACCAAGAUGAGCCACCGCCAGUAGCGGUGAUCUUGGCAGAGCCACACCCAAUGGCAGCCCCCGUCACCCUGGAGCGCUCCGACACCGUGGCCUAUCCAGAGUACCCCGAGUCAGACCCGGAGGCGGCACUCACAGGCAGUGAGCAUCAUCAGGAAAGCCCUGAGCAGGACCUCCGGGAACACCUGAAGAAGACCCUGGAGUUCUGCCUGUCCCGGGAGAACCUGGCCAGCGACAUGUACCUCAUCUCCCAGAUGGACAGUGACCAGUACGUGCCAAUCGUGACCGUAGCAAACCUGGACCACGUCAAGAAACUGAGCACUGAUGUGGAGUUGAUCGUCAGUAUCCUCCGAUCGCUGCCGUUGGUCCAGGUGGACGAGAAGGGGGAGAAAGUGAGACCCAACCAGAACCGCUGCAUCGUCAUCCUCCGUGAAGUCCCGGAGAGCACUCCUAUAGAGGAGGUCGAAGGUCUUUUUAAAGGAGACAACUUACCGAAAUUCAUCAAUUGUGAAUUUGCCUACAACGACAACUGGUUCAUCACCUUUGAAUCAGAGGCAGACGCUCAGCAGGCAUAUCAGUAUCUUCGUGAAGAAGUGAAAACCUUCCAAGGGAAGCCUAUUAAGGCGCGGAUUAAGGCGAAGGCGAUCGCUAUCAACACCUUUAUGCCAAAGAACGGCUACCGCCCAGUGGAGGUGAACCCCUACGUUCAGCAGCAGCAGCAGCAGCGUUACACCUCCUACUACAUACCUCCAGUGUACAGCCCUCAGCAGCAGUUCCCUCUGUACAGCCUCAUCACCCCCCAGGCUUGGUCCGCCACCCACAGCUUCUUAGACCCUGCACUGGUUACACCGUUUCACAAUACCCAAUUCAUCAACGGAUUUACCACCUCCCAUAGUUUUAAACCAGCCAGUUCUCCACUUGCCGGGGUCAGGCACUACUCUCCCAGAAACAGGAAUCACACCCACAGUAAACCUCACCUGAGGCCCUCGAUGCCCAACGCGGACCAGCGUGGCACCGGCCUCCUGGACAGUCCGGCCAUCUUUAACUUCCCUGCGGAGCGCGUCCUGAACGGGGUGCCCCGGGGGUCCCCCCAGACCACUCGACUCCCAAGCCAAAGCCGAGCCAGGUUACCCACCGCCAUGACUUACCCCAGAAGGGACAUGGGCACGGGUCGAGUGGAACCCGUCAGCACAGACUACUCCCUGGGCCGGGGAAGGACAAAUAUUUAUGGUUAUAGGAAAAAGAGGGAUGACAACAAGUUUACAAGACCGGCCACCCAGUCGCCCCCUCCUCCUCAGAAGCCCUCGUCCCCCGGCUUUGAGCUGGGGCUCUCCAGUUUCCCCCCGUUGCCUGGGGCCGCAGGCCACCUCAAAACCCCUGAGGACCUGUUUGAGAACAGGCUGGCCAGCAUGGUAAUAGGCUCCACAAAGGACAGGAAUGUCUGCAUCGACGUCAGCACUGCAGGCAACCCCCACCCCUCGGCUGGCCCCAAAGAGCCACCGAGGACCACCACGUCUCCCAAGCCCCCGAGCUUCCUGCCUGCCGUACCCUCGACCCCCCCAUCUGCCUCGGGCCCCGCCCCUGUCCUCACCCCCUCCCAACCCUCAGAGGAAGUGAAAGCUCCGGAGGUCAGGCAGAAGGAGAGCCAGGUCUCUGGAGAGAGGCUAACUGCCACCCAUUCUACCACUACCAAAUCUAUACAAGUCAAUGGUGCUGCUGCAGAGUUGCGAAAGCCCUCGUACGCCGAGAUCUGCCAGAGGAUUAAAGACCACGCUCCGACACUACAGGCCCCUAAAGAGACCAAGCCGCCCAGCGCUGCCCCUGCCGGAGAGGAGAGGAAGUUCCCCGAAACUGCCCCGGCCGACAGGGCUGAGCCCAAGGGCCCAAGAGAGACAUACCCAGGGUCCUCCAAGCCCGCCACCCCUGGGAGACCCCGAGAGGUCCGGAGGCCGACCGGCCGGUGGCCUUCACCACCCCCAGGGAGGGGUCCAAGCAGCAAAGAUCUCAACACUCCCCCAAAGUCCCCGCAGUAACCCCUCCCCGCCAACACAACUGCAAUCAAGUCCAUUUCAUAACCCAACACGUGGGGGGGGGCAAAAUAUCUGAAAGAAGUCAGGGCUACUGAAAUGCAUCCCUUCCCCAAAUCUCCUGUCCUUCACGGUAUACAGCGGACUCCUUUCUGGAUCAGGGCUUGCAGACAAUAGCACUUUAGUGUGCAUGUAGAGCACCAUUCAUUUUUACUUAUUUAUUUUUUCUGGGUGGGUUAAUUGUUUUUUUUUUAUUAUUAUUUAGUGUCAGUCUAUAAAAGAUGUACUCUUUAAGGUUAUUGUGGGAUAAGUUCAAAAGCCCAGACUGCCUUCCAAUGAUAGUAUUGUAGGACUGGGUUGGCCCUCAGUGAUGGUCCACCAGAGGAUGGGGAAAUGUAUGAAAGGGAAAAUCCAGAUAUCCAGCUUGUAUGUUGUGUGGGAGGGUUGUCUGUACAUGGGGUCUGCUGUUUUAUUAACAUGGUUCGAUUCCAAUGCAGGGUGUGGCAAGCACUGGGUCAGUCACCGAUGACGCCUUCGUCCCAAAUUGUUCCCAAGCGGUGCACUCAUCCGAAAGUACACAGUCGAAAGGCAUGGUCAGUUGUUCCACUGAUUGGCAUUCGUGUGCAAAACCGUUUAGUCUAAUCUCAUUUAACAGACUGGAUCGGGGUGGGGAACCUCCUCCAGAUAUACUUUCGGAUGGAUUUCACCGGCCAAGUCAUUUAUCUACACUAGAUUGCCUUUUCUUUUGCCAACAUGGAUGAUCUCAGUUCAGCACCAGCAUAUGAGGAGAAUACGUUUAUUGGCGUACCGGUUUCGAUUGAUAGUACAAGAACUGCUAGACGUUGUAUGCUGGUGUUUUCGAAAGAGCCUUAGUCUUUUAUUCUCUGGUAUGUCCUCUGGUAAAGAAUUACUUGUUUUUUAUUUGUCCUUCAUAGUCCCAUGCAGGAGUUGUAUUUCAUAGCCGUAUAAUAAAGCACAUUGCUACUUGGGCCUCUCAGUGAGGUAGGGUUAAGGUCAGUCACCUUGGCAUGUAUUUUCGUUCGGUUGGUGAGAGCCUAUUCAUUAAUCACGUGGUGUCGACCAGUGCCUGUUGUAGACUGUUGUCCUUGCAUUUUUGCUUUUGAAACAAACAUGUUGUCAAACUUAUUUGGUGGGCCCAUAUGUCGGCAGGGCUUCAUUCAGACGCUGGGAUGAUAUAUUUUCCAUAGCUAUGGUGCUAGAGGAUGAACCUGGAACUUAAUUAAUUUAAUCUGGUACUGUACUUCGACAAUAAUACUUGAUACACGUCGUCAACUAAACUUUGCACUAUUUGUUUAGCUUCUGAAUUAAUGUCAAACGUAAUCCACGUACCUUCAUACAAAAGCGAUAAGGGAACCUGACAUACUCCGAUGGUUUCAUAUAGUCUGUGAAGACUAAUAUAGAUAGGUCUAAUGAUGGACACAUUUAAAAGCCCUUUAAAAAUUCCAUUAGAUGACAAAUUGCCCCCCCCCCCCCCCCAAAGCACAGGUGUCAACCUCAUUCCCUGAAGGGCUGAGUGUCUGCAGGUUUUCUCUUGUCCCUAGCUUAAUUUAGGUCACUCAUUAGUAAGUAAACUCCCCUCAUCCUGCUCUGGUUCCAAGUUAAAGCCAGUAGGCCCUUGGUCCCACGCAUUGAGUUGGACCCUGCUUGUCCUACAGAAUAUCAACUGUCUCCUGGCCAUUAAUUUCACGUCCUGACAGGAUAAUCAGCUUUCAGAACAUCUCAAACGCUCAUGUAAUUGUAUUAACCUCUACGCAGAUGAAUGAACGCAUAAAGCCGUGUAAAUGCCUACUCAACAUACUUCCAUGCAUGGUGAACAGAACUUUUUCCCUUGGUGUAAUGUUUUUUUUCUGGGCACACAUUCAGCAGUUGGUCCCAUGAGCAUUGGCAUCUUUUUGGUGUGGUGUUUUCACUGUUUUGCUUUUUAGGUAGUAUAUAUAUUUUUUUCUUCUCUCCAACAACUGGUACGUGGUGUUUUGAAGCAGCCCUUUCAGCUCCUUUAGUAUUACCAUAGCUAAUUGUAGUGUGAGUAUCACCGAAUAGAAUGCGUACAUCUGGUGACUGGAAAUGUGUAAAUUGGGGAAUGAAGUGGAAUUGGUCAAACAGAAGAGCUUUGAUUUUUAUUUCUUUCCACUGCCAAUGUUGGAUAUAGAGGUAAACAAUGAUGCAGCAAUUGGUUUGAAUGAAGCUAUAGGUUUAGUCCUUAAGUAACAGUCCCAACAUAUAGCAGUAGACUGAGCAUGACCUUUGACCUGGUUGCUGUGAACCUAAGCGGCUUGUAGAUUAGUCCUUUCAGCUUGAUCUCCAUGUUAGGGCAGAAGCAGUGCUCCAGUCCCCCUCCAACCCCUGUACAGUAGAUAUUCAUUACAGGACUUCACUUUUUCUUUUCUGUAGGCCUUUUUCUCUUUUUAGCAUGUCUUCUGUAGAUGUCUUCUCCAUACAACAACCGCACAGCUUCCAAAUUUGCUUCUGUAUACAUGACUAAGUAGAAACCAAAAAAAACAUACAUACCAUAUGGAAUUUUUAAUUCUUUAGUGUCCCAUUGACGUCUUCCUGCAACAAGGAGCUAACCAGGAGUAUUCUGCUUAGAAAAAAGAGGACUCCCUUUUGGAGCUGAGACGAAGCCUAGGGUCAAAACAGCCUGUAUGGAUAGUCAUUACUGCUUUUGAUUUUGAUUCUUUUUGGUUUGGUUUGCAAAAAAACAUUAUUUGGGGCAAGUUUGAUGCUGAAGGACUGAGAUGGACUUGGAUGGGCAGUCUUAAAUUGUGGCGUUUUCAAAUUUUUUCUUUGGGUUUUUUUGAGAUGGGAAACAAGAAAUGAUGCACCAUAUCUGCUUAUUUAUAAACCAAUGCUGUUCAUUCCAUGAAAGAUAUCAUUACAAAACCUUUUUUAACACAAGAAUAUAUACAAUUAUAUAUAUGUGUGUAUAUGUAUAUUUAUAUGUGUAGGUAUACAUAUACAUAUAUACACACACACAAAUGUAUAAUUUCCAUCCAGUGUUUGAAAACUUGAAUUUUAUUUAAACUUGAAAAUAACUUUGCCUUAACUUUUAUACGAAACAACGUAGAGUUUUUCUUUUCAAACCCCAAAAUGUUAAGUGAGACAUGGAAAUAUUUAGUCAUAACAAAUGUCACAGGUCUUGGUCUUAAAGUACAAAUCGAGCAGCAUUUUCUUUUGGUUUUGUAAACUUGUAUGAAGAAAAUCUCAUUUGAUUGUCCUAGUUCUUAUUUUGUUUGGUGGGGAAAUUAUCCAUGUAAUGCAAAAUAGUCAAAACUGUAUCAGAUAUGUGCACUUUGAAGUGUGUGCUUUGCUUGUACAGUUGUAAAUAAUCAGAAAAUAUACAAGAGGUACCUUAAAAUGAUUGAAAAAAAAUAUAUAUAUUGAUCUUGUUGAAAUAUUAUUAAUGUCGCUUUUGAGCUGGAUGUAGGAUAUAAAUGUUGUGGUUAGAAUUUGUUUUCGUUAUUUUCUCGUUAUUUUGUUCUGGUGUGCCGAUUUGCGUCUGACUCACUUUGCGACGUGAGCAGGUUGUCCGAUUGUAACUUUUUAAAUGUCACUCAUUCCAUUUUCUUGUUGAUUCUCCACACCUGGUAGACAGGUGUAUUUUUGUUUCUGUUGCCCAGCCCCUUCACUGUGCACAAUGGAAAGGGGGAACCCCCUAUCACUGGUACAAAUGCGUAUCAUUUAACUACGGUACAAAGCCAGUACUAUGGGCAAUGACACUGUGCUUAUAGCAAUCUGAGGUGUGUUUUGGCCCAUACAAUAUUUCUUAAUGGAUCACAGUAAAGCACAUUUUAAGCACAGGAACAUCAAAUUAUUUCACACAUAACCUGAAGUAUAUAAAGUCUACAGCAGAAUUCAGUUUAAUUAACAGACGAGAACUUUUGUUUGACAAACAAAAUAUUUUUUUGUCUCUGGUUUUUAUUUGAAACGGUUUUAUGAAAAUUUAUGUCAACUGAACUUGUGUUGCCCCCAGAAGUAAACUGUACAUUUAUUUUCUUUGAGAUGCUGUUUAGAUUCAAUCAUAAUAGUGUAGAUAUUUUUACACAUUUCAGCAAGAAAGUUUUCUGGCACAUACUGUAUAACAUUGUCUUUUUAUCAGUUGAUUACACGUGGACUGCAUUUAAUGUGGGGGGAAAAAAGGAUAAAAAAGAAAUACAUUAACUGUGCCAUUAUUUUUGUUUCAACCUGGCAGUUUAUUUGACUUGUACAUUAUAGUUGAACGCUUGCCAUUUAUAUUUUGAAAUAUUUUGUUACUGAUGAAGUGUAGCUGGUCUAGAACUAUAUAACUGGGAAUUAAAAUCUGAUACCACUGACAUUUAGACAAGAAAGUACUAGCAAUCUGCGGCUGAUCUGGCGUACGAAGGCAUGUUUGUGUGUAAAUGUAAGCUAAUAUGCGCUAGUUGGCCUAUCUAAUGCAAAAUGCUAAUGCUGUUGUUUUUGCGGAUAUGGUAUGGAUAGGUUAUCAGGUUGGGCACUGACGUGAGAUAAUGUUUGUAGGCGUAAGAAGUGUUCCAUCUAGGGUCAGCUGAAGUAUAAAAGAAAAAUGCCAAUUUCACGGACGGUUGAAGUAAGAUCCAGGUUUGAUUUGCCACCCAGGUGUGUUGGGCAUGAUGGGAAAAUGAUUUUGCAUCAAAUGUUAUUGGUUUGUCUCUCUCCUGAAAUGAUGGCACUGCUUACAGUACAAAUACUGACUGAACCUGGUUUUUUAUGUUUUCUCCUUUUUGCUGGAACUACAUAUGCCCUGUUGCAGUGUUUGGGCGGUUCUCCUUGUGUUAUUGUACCAACGUCUCAUAUCACGCGGUCUCAUUUCCCCUCUUGCCCCGUCCGCUUCAGUCUGCUUCGUCUCUCCAGUUUGACAGUGCCAUGCAUUUUCUUUUUCAACUUGCUAAUUGACCUUGUGUCUAAGAUGUGUUACAAAGCACCAACUGACUGGAAUGAGACAGAACCAUGUCUCGCUAUCAACUCACUGUGGUCAAUUAAGUCCUUUUUACCCCUACCGUGUUACGCUAACAGCAGUGGACAAUCAAUGACUUUAUGGGGGAGACUAACCUGAGAGCCCAGCGGCAGUAACAGAUGGUUGAUCACGGAGGUUUCUUUUCGAGGGCUUUUGAUUUUGUCGUCUUACCUAUUCUUCCAUUAAGACUGGAAUCAAGCGUACAUGUCAACUGUUGAUAAUUUAAGUUGCUUUUGUGUCAUGAUGUAAAACUGUCUAAUUUGGAGUUAAAAAAAACAAUGUAGCUUACUGAAAAAUAAAGAUUUAGGCACUGUUAA